AUGGGAAAUCCGAAGACAGAAGAGGAAAGGAUUGAAAGAGUAAUUCGGAGUCUUUUAAAACUUCCAGAAAAUAGAAGAUGCAUCAACUGCAAUCUUUUGGGACCACAAUAUGUGUGUACAACUUUCUCAACAUUUGUCUGCACAAAUUGCAGUGGAAUACACCGGGAGUUUACUCAUAGAGUUAAAUCUGUGUCAAUGGCUAAAUUUACUCCAGAAGAAGUCACUGCUCUUCAAGCAGGUAGCAAUGAGAGAGCAAAGCAGAUUUAUUUUAAAGAAUGGAAUCCUCUGCGCCAUUCUUAUCCCGAUUCCUGUAAUAUACACAAACUUCGAGAUUUCAUUAAGCAUGUAUAUGUGGAAAGAAGAUAUACUGGUGAAAGUUGUGGUAGCAGUCUUCCUAGGAUUAAAAUGAGUGAGAAGGAGGAGUCUUUUGCAAGUAAGAAAAGUAGUUCAUUUCGUUUUGAAAUCAUAAGUCCUCAUUCAAGUUCGGGUCCAAGAAGUGAUGACAAGAAUCUCAGAUAUAUAUAUGAUGAAAGCAGAAGUCCUAGAUAUACACAAAAGUAUGCAAGGCACACCGGCCUCUCCAGAAAUCCUAUAAAAAUUGAAGUUGUUGAUGACAGGUUCCAAGAUGAUGAACGUAGAAAUCGCAGGCUUUCAAACAUAGCAUCAAAGCUAAAACAAAUUUCAAUUGACGGUCAGAAGAAUGUGGACAAAUCCCAACUUCCCGUUGAACGUCCUUUGGGAGAAAUAUUAAGGGAGAAUGCUUCAUCUCUACAAGCCACACAUUCUUGUGGCAAGGGUUCUGUUGAGGAAAAUCUAUCUGAACAAAAAAAUAAUAAUCCAGAAAGGUCCAUUGAUUUGAGUUCUAAGUCUCAGGCUACUCAUUCUGCUGCUGGAGGUAGACCGGAAUUACCACAUACAACACAAUCAAAUGAAAGUAACUGGGCCAUAUUUGGAGCUUCAACAGAGAACAAUGAUCCUACAACUCCAGACACAAAUACCUCGAAACCUUCAACAAAAAAGACAGCAUCUGAAGCAGCAAUACCUGCAAAAAAUCCUGUAGACCUUUUACUUUUCGAAUUAUCAGGUCCUGUGACUCCAGUUACCGGUGGCAUGUCACAAGCCGCAAGUGGUACUAAUAAUGAUCCAACAACUACAACAGUAGAUAAUGGCACUACUUGGGACUUUCCAUCUACUUCAGUAGGGCAGACAACUGCAUCACCCAACAAUACUAGUGUUUGGUCAUUCACAUCAACCCCAGCCACUGAGUCAGCACAGCCUUCUAACGAAGUUCCUCUACAUACUGAAGUUUCAUAUGCAUAUAAAACAUCAAGCAUGCAAUAUGUUCCUUCUGUAUCAACAGUUUGUAGUUCAACCACACAACCAAUAAAUUCACCAGUCAAAGAUGUAGCUUCAAAUAAUCAGCCAUCAGUUACUCCUAGUACAAAUAACUCUUCAUGGGGUUUUACUGAAAUAUCUUCUCAAACUACCUCAAAACCUACUCAUGAAACCAGGUCUAGUGGAAGACUGGAACUUCCAGAGGUAACAUAUUUAGCCUCUGUCAUUAGCUUUUUCUUUUAA